UUGAAAACAAGUGUACGUUUGAGAAGCAGAUUUGUAGCGUGGAUAAGGGAGCUAGCAUCGGAGCAUUCGUUUAAUACGGAGGCUCCGAAAAUAUCGUAACUGGAUCAAAUUAGCUAUCGGUUGCGAAUACAAAAUUCAGCUCACAAGACCAUCGCACCCUGCAAAUAUUCGAAGAAGGAAUUGAACAUAUAUUCAUCGUUUUGGUUUCGGAAGGCUUGAAGACUGCAGUUUGCACUAAAGAAGUAACAUCAAACCGCUGUCCACAGCGUUAUAAUGUCCGAUAACGUUCCACUGCGCAUCCAAGAAACCUGCGUCGAUAACGACUAUUACAUGGUGGAUAUUUUCAGUUAUGUACGACCAGAGACAAAUGGUGGAACAGGAUUACUGCACCAGCUGGUCAUGUACGUCACCCGGGCCUUAGAGGAUUCUGGCCGCUUGGAUAUUCUCAGAAAGCUGCAAGGUGAUCCAAACAUAACGGAGAUAUUCUCAGACAGUUUCCGAUGGAAGAAACCUCAAGGGGAAAAACUUAUUGGACGGCUAUCCAUGGAAGACUUUCACGCUGAGAAAGAGAUCGAAAGGAAGAAGAUCCACCAUAUGAAGCUGGCAGAGAAUGUCGUCUACACCAUACCAGUUAGUGACGCCUCCGUCAUGAAAGUUAAAGGAAAAUUAUUGAGCGAAAACGGAGAGAUAAUUUUGGAGAUGGGAGAGAUGAACGUGCACCUUUUAACAUUUCAAAAUGGUGAGGCACGAGUUGGGCAAGAGCACGAGUUUAAUGACGAGUUUAAUGACGAGCCAGUUAAACAAGAUGUAGCUAUCUGAGGUCAGCUUGAACUAGUUUAUAGUAAGUUUCUUUUUUCUUUUUUAUUUUAUUUUAUUUCUGUACCGCCUGGAGUGAAGCUUUAGAUACUGUAUAUAGUUUUAUUCGAGAUAGUUUCUUAUUCUAUUUUUCUUUUCACGUCAGCUUUUUUUAGCUAUAAUUUUGCUGGUGCCGAGUCUGAUGCUAUUGAGAAAAUGCUGUUGUCCUCGCUCGUUUGCUUUAAGCUCGGCACAUGUGAAAUUCGAUGUUUAAAACGGGCUUAACUGUAACAUUUUGUUUCGUCAGCGGAACGCAAUCUGUAUUUAAGAAUCUUAGGUACAUCUUUGAGGUGGAAGAGCAGGUGGCCGGUAUGUAAAACAUUACAUUUGUUUCGAUAUAAUCCUUUUUCUUUUAACUCUAAAAGUGUCAAAGAAAGGCAAAGUCGUCGAGAUUUAGCUUCAUCCAUUCUCAAAUAAUAUGGAAAAUUGAUUUUGAACUUGUAACGGUCUUUCUCUGAGACAUUGACGAGUGGACAGUUGGUUUGUUGGAGGUGAAUUUUUCUCUCUCUAUUUAUUAUCGCAGCUAAAGAAUUCCUUCUUUCGUGGUAUUUCAUUCUUGGGUUGUGACUAAAUAUUUCUUGUUUCGAUGAGAAAAGAACAACCAUAGAUGUACAAGUCGCUUUAGAAUUGUGUGUGAUACAGUUGAGUAAAGGCCGCUUUAAAAAAAAUACGUUACUUAUAGCGUAACAGAAAAAGGUACCUUGUUGCAAAUAUUUUUAAGAAAGACAAAUGCGUAAAUUUACUAACAUAAUGAUGUAUGUGUUUUAUUUUUAGAUUUCUUGCUUGAAUUGCUUGAAUUGCUUAGUAUUGUUUUGGAUAUCGAUUGUGUUUUUAUACAGCCAUUCGUUAUUAGAUUUUGGCUUGAAAAAAGAAGUCAGAAAUUAAUGCAAAAGCACUACGUAAUGAUUUUUUUCAUGGAAAACUAACUUUUCAUGCAAUGAAAUCAUAAAUGCAUAUCGCUAUAAAUGGUUUGAAUUAAGCCCGGAAGUAACAUUUGAUGGUGACGUGUUGUCUUGAUCGUCCGAGUAAGUGUUGUCCUGAGAAGGACUGGUGUCGGUAGUAGUGAUUGACGUUUCGCGGAACAACCAGAGCGGACGUCAUCAUCAUCGGUUGGUUGUAGAAAACGUUUGAUUUUCUAGAGUUAAGGAUCAAGAUUCCAUUGGGAAAUAACAAAGUAUCUUGUUACUGCACGUGUUGCUUUACUCAAAGGGGCUGGACAUGCCGAGCCGAUUGUAAUCAUAAAGCGGGGUACGUUUCCAAAUAAAACGCUAUUCUGUGUCGGUAGGGGAUAAUUUGGUUUUAUGAACUGAGUUUUAUGAUGUAAUUUGGCCACCGUGAAGAGUUUUAGAGCUGACCUUUCGAGAGGUUACCCUUCCUCAGGACGAAAAACACACGACCAAAAGUGUAACACGCUUUUUAUUCUCUGGAUGGGACACAUUAUUAUUAUUAUUAUUAUUAUUAUUAUUAUUGUUAUAUUAUUAUCAUUCAACUCAAAGUCCAUAGUUAACCCUCUGGAAAAUUUUCAUUUGGUCAUCUAAACUUACCAAGUCAUCUGCCGCGAGUGGAAUAAAUUUCGAAAGUUCUUUCUGAUACUCGUUAGGCUGUGAAGCCCGGCAUAUCUUGGGUUAUCUGGUCCACGGAAAUUAUUGAAUUUGUUCAUAAAUGUAUGUGCAAUAAAUGGUAUUUAAAACAGUAGAUGGUGACGCAUUUAUCAUCGCUGGUUAACUGAAUUUUGAUGCCAUAUUCAACAGAUACCCGUGCCUGAUAAAAAAUAGUCCUGAGCUCUGCCUAAAGGUUGCCUACUUCUACCAAGUAAGUCACGAAGCGGCAUGGUAGAAGCAAAAUUAUAACGACACAUGCACAGGAAAAAAAAAAAAGAAAGCUUAGCAAAAAGGAAAAUAAACAAAGAAAAAAAAAACAAAAAACACAAAAGAACCAAAAAAAAAAAAAAAAAAAAAAAAAAAAAAUUUUUCUCUCGGAUUCCUAAGAGGAAACUAUGAUUUGUUUUGAAAUAGCUUUAAGACAAUUUCUGAGUUAUCGAGUGCGAUAGAACACUAUGUUAAAAAUUUGAAUCGACAUUAGAAACUGGGAAAACAUACAUCAAUGGUCCGUGUUAGUUGAGAAUGGGUGUCAUCGAUGAUCGCAUAGGUUAAAGCGAAAACAAUUAAAAAUCUUUUCUACAGACUGGUGGUUUUUUUGCUUAACUUUAAGCUGUGUUACAGUUCAGUAUUCAUACCGGCAUAAUAUUAAAAUGCUCGUAAACCUGAAAACUUAAUUUUUUUGCAUUUAAAACGAUUUAACUUAGCUUUUAAUGGAAUAAUUUCCAUUUUUGGCAUUUGUCAUCUUUUAUUCAACCACCGCAUCUGAUUUUUAGUAAAUCUCAUCUAGGAAAUAGUAGCUUGCGAUCGUUUGUUCCUUUUCAUCUUUCGUGACAACUGAUUAUAAAAUGUGUGACUGCUGUCACGUGUCGCCAACUCAAAUCACACUCCAAAAAGUUAAAAAGAGCUGAAAUUUCAACAUCAGAAUGCACUAUGGAAAGGGAUUUAACUUGCAAGGUAGAAGUGAGAAGUUAGAAGUGAUACUGACUUGAGAAUAAUUAUACUCCUACUUGCUAGCUUAACUAUAAAUACUGUGACUUGUUCAAAGCGAAUGAUUCAGCAAAUCCUUAUAAUGACAAGCGCUGUUUGUCAUAUUGAUGAGAGAUGCAAGUAGCGUAAUAUCCUUAGUAGGCAUCAAACGUCUUACAAGUAUAUAUUUUAGUGAAAUUUUCAGCGAGCAACCGUGGACGAUAAUCCGACUCUUGUACGUUGGAUCAGCAAUGAUCUAAUCGGCCCAAAAUAACGAAUAUAGAUAUAAAGGCAAGACCGAUACAACGUAGAUAAGUUUUAAGACGAAGCACGUUGGUCGGUCUCUAUAUUUAUCGGUCUUGCCUCUAUAUUUAUAUUUUAGUGUAUCCGUUUAUGCAGUGGGUGUGUAAAGUAUUCAGGGAUAAGAAAAAAAGAAGUACAAAAAAAAAAAUAAAAAA